AUGUCCAACUUCCUCUUAGCCAUUGCUUUUUGUGGACUGGUCUGCUUCUCAGCCGGAAAAGAUGCACUUCUGGCCAACAGGACGUUAUCGGACAGGCAGACUUUGACCUCACCGAACCAUGAUUUCGAGCUCGGCUUCUUCUCUCCCGGCUCGUCCAAGAACAGGUUCGUGGGGAUUUGGUACAAGAGGAAACCGGAAGUUGUCGUUUGGGUUGCAAACUGGAACAAUCCAAUCAUAGAUUCACAAGGCGUGGUGUUACGAAUAGCAAGAUAUGGAGCAUUAGUAAUAAGUAGAGAUGGAAGCAUACUUUGGUCCUCCAAUUCGUCAAGAGUGGCUGCGUCAAAUCUGAUCUUAUGGCUCCUGGACACCGGAAACCUCGUUCUCGCAGUAGACCCAACGGAGGAAAACUACAUAUGGCAGAGUUUUGAUUACCCGAGGGACACAAGGUUGCCGGGGAUGUUCAUGGUGCACAGCCCAGCAGGGAAGGAUAAGUAUUUGACUUCGUGGACGAGCUCCGACGAUCCUUCACCUGGAGAUUUCACCUGCAGGAUAGAAAACAAAGGGUUACCUCAGAUGGUGAUUAGAAGGGGGAAUGUGAAAAUAUACCGGAGCGGACGGGGUUUACAUCAACGUCCCGACCUUCUACAACACCGUUUUCAAGGGCAAGAUUGUCACAGACAAGAGCAGAAUAUAUCGAUCCUUGUAACAGCUCGAUUCUUACAAGGCUCGUGA